AGAAAUUCUCAUCAUACUUAGCACUCUAUCACUUUCUCUCUCUCUCUCUCUCUCACUCUCCAAACAAACAUACUAUCUCUUCUCCCUCUCACCCUUUCUCCAUCUCCCUCUACUCUGUGUUCCUGCAAUUCAUUUCUCCAAUGGAGAUCAACCCAUUACUGCUUUUCAUUCACCUUCCACUAUCACUAAUUCUCAUGUUGUUUGCUUCAACCUUAGCAGCCGAGCAAGCCGGAUUUUCAUCCGUCAAAACCGACACUGAGGCUCUUAUUCUGUUCAAGAAGACGAUAGAGAACGAUCCGAAACAAGUCUUGUCAGGGUGGAAGCUCAACAAGAGUCCAUGCACAUGGUAUGGAGUUUCAUGCAAUCUUGGAAGAGUGACUCAACUCGAUCUCAGCCAGUGUAAUCUCGUUGGCAAUCUUUCUUUCUCUGUUUUCGCUUCUCUUGAUAUGUUAACUCUCCUCAAUCUGUCAAGUAAUUCAUUUACUGUGAAUUCAACUUCUUUGCUUCAACUCCCAUAUGGGUUGAAACAGCUCGAACUGUCUUUCUCUGGGCUUGCAGGUCUUGUACCCGAAAAUCUUUUCAUCAAGUACCCAAAUCUUGUUUACGUCGAUCUUUCGUUCAACAAUCUAACUGGUAUCAUACCUGAAAAUCUUCUAAUCAGUUCCGAUAAACUAGAGGUUCUUGAUCUUUCUUUUAACAACCUCACGGGUUCAAUUGCGAAUAUGAAAGUCCAGACCUGCAAUUCCUUGUUACACCUCGAUAUGUCUGGGAAUCAUAUAAUUGAUUCCCUUCCUUAUUCCCUUUCAAAUUGCACCAAUCUCAAAAGUUUGAAUUUCUCGUAUAACUUGCUCACCGGGGACAUUCCACAAUCUUUUGGUGAUCUUACCAGCUUACAAAGAUUGGAUCUUUCUCACAAUCAUCUCACUGGUUGGAUCCCUUCGGAGUUGGGAAAUUCGUGUGAGUCGCUCGUAGAACUAAAGCUUUCCUAUAACAAUAUCACGGGCACAAUUCCAAUCUCCCUUUCAUCGUGUUCUUGGCUGCAAGUAAUUGAUUUCGCAAACAACAAUUUAACCGGUCCAUUUCCUGAUUCCAUCCUACAGAAUCUUGGAUCGUUGGAGAGCUUGCUUUUGAGCAAUAAUAAAAUCUCGGGAUCGUUUCCAGCAUCCAUUUCAUCUUGCAAGAAAUUGCGGGUUGUGGAUUUAAGCUCGAAUCAGUUCUCGGGAAUCAUCCCAGCGGAUCUAUGCCCGGGAGCCUCAUCGCUUGAAGAGUUGAGGCUCCCGGACAAUCUCAUUACUGGACAAAUCCCAGCUGAAUUAUCGCUAUGUUCGCAGCUAAAGACAAUUGAUUUCAGCAUAAACUACCUCAACGGUACUAUCCCGGCUGAAAUUGGGAAGCUUGAAAAUCUUGAGCAGCUAAUAGCGUGGUACAACGGCUUGGACGGGAAUAUACCAAAAGAGUUGGGAAAAUGCAAGAAUCUAAGGGAUCUGAUUCUGAACAACAACUACCUAAGCGGAGAAAUCCCAGUUGAAUUGUUCAAUUGUGGUAAUCUAGAAUGGAUAUCUCUCACUAGCAACGGACUCACUGGCCAAAUUCCAAGCCAAUUCGGUCUUUUAUCGAGGCUAGCCGUGCUGCAACUUGCGAAUAAUAGCUUGAAUGGUGAAAUACCGAGAGAGCUAGCAAAUUGCAGCAGCUUGGUUUGGCUAGACUUGAACAGCAACCGGCUUACAGGGGAGAUACCUCCUCGGCUCGGGAGGCAGCUCGGAGCACGAGCACUGGGUGGAAUUCUUUCAGGCAACACAUUGGUGUUUGUACGUAAUGUUGGAAAUUCAUGUAAAGGAGUAGGAGGCUUACUUGAAUUCGCUGGAAUCCGACCAGAAAGGCUUUUACAGGUUCCGACUUUGAAAAGUUGUGACUUCACAAGGAUGUAUUCUGGUGCAGUCCUAAGCCUCUUCACGCAGUACCAGACUCUGGAGUACCUAGAUCUUUCAUACAAUGAGCUUCGCGGGAAAAUCCCAGAUGAAUUCGGGGAUAUGAUAGCUUUACAAGUUCUCGUAUUAUCCCAUAAUCAUUUAUCGGGAGAGAUUCCUUCUUCACUCGGCCAGCUAAAGAAUCUAGGCGUAUUCGACGCAUCGCAUAACAGAUUGCAGGGGAACAUCCCGGACUCAUUCUCGAAUCUCUCAUUCUUGGUGCAGAUUGAUCUCUCCAAUAAUGAACUGACAGGGCGAAUUCCAUCAAGGGGACAACUCAGCACACUUCCCGCGAGCCAGUAUGCGAACAAUCCAGGACUUUGUGGGGUUCCGUUGCCUGAAUGCCAGACCGGAAAUGAUCAACCAGCAACAAAUCCGAGUGAGGAUGGUGCGAAUGAUGGCAGUAGAGCUUCAUCUUCGUCAUGGGCUAAUAGCAUCGUCUUGGGGGUUCUCAUUUCGGUUGCUUCUGUCUGUAUUUUGAUUGUGUGGGCAAUUGCAAUGCGUGCGAGGCGGAAAGAAGCUGAGGAAGUCAAGAUGCUUAACAUAUUGCAAGCAUCUCAUGCUGCUACGACAUGGAAAAUUGACAAGGAGAAAGAGCCUUUGAGCAUUAAUGUGGCAACUUUCCAGCGAACACUACGGAAACUGAAGUUCUCACAACUGAUUGAGGCAACAAAUGGGUUCUCAGCGGAAAGUCUGAUCGGGUGUGGUGGGUUUGGAGAGGUUUUCAAGGCAACAUUGAAAGACGGGUCGAGCGUAGCAAUCAAGAAGUUAAUACGGUUGAGUUGCCAGGGGGACAGGGAAUUCAUGGCCGAAAUGGAAACUUUGGGGAAGAUCAACCAUAGGAACCUUGUCCCUCUAUUGGGAUACUGCAAAAUUGGGGAGGAGAGGCUUCUAGUGUAUGAAUUCAUGGAAUUUGGAAGCCUUGAGGAAAUGCUUCACGGAAGAACAAAGACACGAGAUAAAAGAAUUUUAACAUGGGAGGAAAGGAAGAAGAUUGCAAGAGGUGCGGCCAAAGGACUCUGUUUCCUACACCACAAUUGUAUCCCACAUAUCAUACACCGAGACAUGAAGUCGAGCAAUGUACUACUAGACCAUGAAAUGGAAGCUCGGGUCUCUGACUUUGGAAUGGCCAGGCUCAUAAGUGCACUAGACACUCAUCUAAGUGUGAGCACAUUGGCAGGCACACCGGGGUACGUCCCACCUGAGUACUACCAAAGCUUCCGGUGCACUGCAAAGGGAGAUGUCUAUUCAUUCGGGGUUGUCCUCUUGGAACUCUUAACCGGGAAAAGGCCAACUGAUAAGGAUGAUUUUGGGGACACUAACUUGGUCGGUUGGGUGAAAUUGAAGGUCAGAGAAGGGAAAGGAAUGGAAGUGAUUGACUCGGAGUUGCUUUCAGUGACUAAAGGAACGGACGAAGCUGAAGAAGAAGAAGUGAAAGAGAUGGUGAGGUAUCUAGAGAUAACGCUACGGUGUGUUGAAGACUUCCCAUCAAAGAGGCCUAAUAUGUUGCAAGUGGUUGCCAUGUUGAGAGAGCUUAUGCCAGGGACUGUUAAUGGAAGCAACAAUGCUUGAACCAAACCAGGGUUUUGUUUAUUGAUUUUGAUUAGUGUAAGAGGAUGUGUUUGUAAGAUUUCUUUGCUACUUAAGCUUCUAAUAGCUGCUUGUAAGUACUUUGCACUUUUUUUUUUAAAUCUUUGUUUGCAGUGACUAGUACCUAACAUUGAAUGAGAGAAUUUGAUGUGGGUCAAAAAAAGAACAAAGAGUUGUAGUUUCAAAAUACAAUGUUUGAGCAAGGAACAAAAUUUCAUUUAUUUUC